AUGGUUGCUCGUCUCUCUGCUUUGAUGCUCUUUGGAGCUUCUGCGGCCAUCGCUGGGCCUAUCGUUCCUCGACAGAAUGGCUUGACGACCGCAGCGCCUGUUGCAGCCACUCCUGUAGCUACAACAUGGAAUGCUGGUGCAGUUCAGAACUUCCCCAUUCACGCUUCCUGCAACGCUACUCAGCGCACGAUGCUACAAAAGGGCUUGAACGAGGCCAUUACCAUCGUUAGCCACGCCCGGGAUCACAUUCUACGAUGGGGUAACUCUUCAGAGAUCUAUACCAAGUACUUUGGCAACGCUCCUACAGGCGAACCAAUCGGCUGGUACACUAAGCUCGCGGAUGGUGACAAAGCCGAUAUCUUGUUCCGCUGCGACAACAUUGAUGGCAACUGUGGUCAAUCAGGCUGGGCCGGUCACUGGCGUGGCUCAAAUGCCUCACAAGAGACAGUCAUCUGCGACCUAUCAUAUGAGAUUCGCAAGCCACUUGAGGCCAUGUGCAUGCAUGGCUACAAUGUCGCGAACGGUCCCACAAACUACUUCUGGGCUUCCGACCUCGUUCAUCGUCUCCUCCACGUUCCAUCUGUCGGCGAAGGUGUCGUGGAGCACUACAUCGGCGAAAGUGGUGAAAAAUACCCUGGUGUUAUGAAUCUCGCCAAGAACAAUGCCACUUUCGCCGUAAGAGACAGCGAUGCUCUCCAGUACUUUGCUCUUGAAGCUUAUGCCCACGACAUCGCUGUCCCUGGCAUUGGGUGCUCCGGCACUUACAAGCCAAAGGAGUCACCCGCCCCUGCUGCCACAAGUUCUUCGGCUGCGUCCGCGACUCCCACCAAAGCUUCUGCAACCUCUUCGGCCGCCGCUGCUCCUGCGGCCCCCGCUGAGGCCUGCGAGCCACACAAUGACCACUGGUAA